AUGUUUCACCUAUUUUUUACUUUCUCAUUUUUAUUUUCAACUGUUGCAGCUGAUUUGUACAGUAAGUUUACAAACAUCGAGGCUUUCAAACUAUAUUAAUUCCAUUCAGUCUGUAAUGGUACAAAUACAAUAAACGCUCCAGCCAAUUUGAAUUCAACAAUAAAUUAUCCAAGUUCAUGGAAUGAAUCACAAACUAUUCCAACAUAUCAAUUCAAUCAACAAUGUCGAUGGAAUAUCGAAGUUCCACAAGGAUAUUUUGCUUUUCUGUCGCUGAACGCGGAAACCCCAACAAAUUCAAGUUUACAGUUGAUCUAUGCUAAUGGGAUGAUUGAUAAUGUAGUGGGAAAUGCGGUGAAAUUUCCAUACUUUUUCCUUGCUCCUAAAUUCAGUAUUGUACUUCAAGCGAAUUCAAUGAAAUCAGGACAAUUGGCAUUUAGUAUUAGCUAUAGUAAAAGUAGGUUUGAAUAAAACAAUGUGUGCAGCCCAAACUAAAAAACAUUUUUAGUGCCAAAUUUCAAUCCCGACACUCAUUCACUUUCUGCAACUGAUCCUGAGAUAAUAUCUGAUUUGACUGCUUGUGUUAUCACAGCCCCAACACAAGUAUCAUUGAUUGCUUCAAACACAGCUAAUUUCUUGUUUUAUCCCUACAAUCGAUUAUUUGUUGUUUUCGAUGGAUCAAGUCCAAAUGCCACGUGUCUUGGAAAUCUUUACCAAGCUCUAGCCUCUGGAAAACAAUUGGUUUCAUCUGGCAAAACCCUAACUGUUAUGAAUUUGUUGCCAGCUAUGUCGAAUCUUGGAAACUUUAUCAUGGUUCAAGAUCAUUCAAGUGAGUUUUGCAAAAAACUUCGGAAACAUAACAUACAUAUUUUCAGAUGUCAAGCAAUUUGCAAAUUAUCGUUUGGCAAGUUGUAUUUCAACAACUGAUUGCUAUCAGGGUUUAUCUUCUGUAAACGGAACAACAGCUGUUGUAUCACUUUCAAAAUCUGCCUCAUAUUUGAAAUCAGCCACAAUUGAUCCACAUUCAAAUUUAAAUGUCUACUACGGAUCAAUCAAGAAUUCAAACCUUGUUUCUUCCUAUAAUUCAAAAUCAACAGGAUUUCCUCAAAAAUUGAAUAAUUAUAUGACCACAUUUGUUCUCGAUUCUAAUACUGCACUUCUCGAACUCUCUUUUGAAAAUCUGAUGACAACUUGGAAUGCAGCUUAUGAUAACAGAACUGGAUACGUGACUUCUCCAAACUUUGGAGUGUCUUCUGUUUAUCAAUCCGUAAUUGAAGCAAUCAGUGGAAAUGAUUAUUAUAACUAUACAACAAAAGUUAUCAAUCAUGGACUUGUUGGAAAUGCAACUCUUCAAAUCACAACUUAUGAUAAAUCGGGAAAUGCUAUUGAUGAUCAUAUUUACAACAAGAACAAUCUUCCACCAACAAAUCAAGAUGUUCAUUCAGGAAAAACUUUGAGUAUUACUUAUCAAACGAAUGGUGAAAACACAACUGGUGCACUUAUUGAUUUUUCAAUCGCUAAAAUUAGUGAUAAUGGAACGGGAAUUCUUAUGUUAUGGGUUACUUUUGCUAUUUCACUUUUGUUUUUAUGA